CGGAGCGCCCAAGGGAGGCCGCUUGGGCCCCGGCGGCGGGCGCGCGCCAGGCGCGCGCCGGCCGCGGCCAUGGGCCCGGGCCGGCAGGCCGCGGGCGCGAGGGAGGAGGUGAGCUGGGGCGAGAACCACAAGCAGGACGGGGAGAGCGGCGCCCCCGCCUGCAAGGAGACGCGGACGCGGCCUACCGAAGACUGCGACUGCUCGGCCAGGGCUCCUUCGGCAAGGCGUUCCUGGCCCGCGACCUCGAGAGCAAUGACCUGUGCGUCAUGAAGCAGGUCCGCAUCGAGCGCAUGGACGCCAAGGCCAGGGACACGGCGGUGCGGGAGGCGGUGGCCCUCAAGCGGGUGCGGCACCCCAACGUGGUGCGCUUCCGGCAGGUCUUCGUGCGCUCCGGCUGGCUCUGCCUGGCGAGGGGGGGGGCUGGUGGCGGCACGCCGCGGGGCGAGGUCCAAGCUGCCGUUCGAGGAGUCGGCGGUGCUGGAGUGCUUCUCGCAGAUCGCGGACGCCGUGAGCUGGAUCCACUCCCUCAAGAUGGCUCGGGGAGGUCGCGGAACAUCUUCCUGUGCAGAACCGGGCGAGCGCUGCUGGGGGAGACUUCGGCCUCGUGA